AUGUGCCAGCUUUGGGCUGUGGCAGCCGUCGCUGUAGCUGCAUGGCCAGUGGCGGCAGACCAGGCUAUGCGAGGCUCGAGACCUUGCCCCGAAGGGGAUGUCUUGCUAUAUGUAGCUGCGCCUGAUCACGUGGUCAACCUGUCGUGUCGUGACUUGCUUCGGCAAGACGUUUCAGUUCAGAAAGGCAAGGCUCGAGGCCAUUUCAUAGCAACAGGCGCCAGGCUGGCGGCUCUGCUGCCGAAGGUGGAGGGUCAGCAGGGUGCGGAUGUCGGGCCGAUCGACCUGGUGGACCCACACCUGGGGCACGUAGAGCAGACGGUUCUGGCCGCGGACCCGACAUCUUCGCCAAGCGAUGAGCCGGAUGAUGAUGUCAAGGCGCGAAUUGAAGAGGAAGUGGAGGAGAGGCUGAAGAGGAGGGAGGAAGAGAAGAAGGAGGAAGAGGCAAAAGAUGAAGACACGGAGAUCUACUCCAACCUGCUGCUGUUCGGCGAUUCCGCACUCGGAGUCGUCCUACAUGGGGACGGUACCUUUGCUAAGGAGAACAAGCGAGAGCUCGGUGACAUACCUGCAAGAGACUGCCCGAUGAACCAUCAGGCCGCCGACCGCCGACUAGUUCAAGUGGUUCCCGUUGAGGUUCGCAGCUCAGGUGGCCCCACCAAGUGCGUAAAAAGGCUUGUAUUUGUGCAGCUCGAGAACCAAGUGAAGUGCCACAACGACGUGCCAGGCACCGUUCGAAUCGGCAAGCCUCGCUGCUUUUUAAAAGAACUCAUGCCAUUCGGCGUUCAUCGGCGUUCGCCAUUGUUCACCUUGCACGUUGGCCACGUGGAUCAAAGACGACUGGCAGCCGGUUUUCUCCGGCUAGGCCAAUGCCAACCAACCAGUGACUACGCGAUUACCCGAAUAAACUUCAAAGCCAUCCUUGAUCUCCUCUUCGACAGCAACCGCGUCUCCGUGGCACUUCAACGUCUAGGCAUACGGCAGCGAACAGAAGGCAUACCUGUGACUUCGCCAGUGCAGGAUAGGUGGUGGCGCCAGGCCAUCGAGUGCUACAGGCAAUGCAGCGCCUUCACUGAAGAGGAGGGCGAAGCCAUCGAUGUUCCAGUUCGUGGCCUUCGAGGAGCGCUUGCUUACGCAGGGGAUGAGGACUGGCGAGGAUGGUCUUCGGCUGCAGAGAAACAGCUGGAUGCAAUCAGAAAAGACUUUAAGAGCCUGGGUGAUGCAUUCGCCGAGGAUGCUGGCACCACAACUCGGGUGGACCCGUCUGACAGCAAAACGUACACGUUGGAGCAGCUGUGCACCAAGUAUUCAGCUCUCCCACGCUUCGACGCAGAGCAGUACUUCUGGAGCCACUGCUGGACAACGAAGGAGAACUGCAAGACUCGAAGCUUCGAAUUUGAUGGUGCUUGGAGCUACUCGUCUGGCUGCUGCAACAUCACAUGUGGAGAACUUCACUGGCAGAGUGGGCUGCAGACAGUCCUCCAAGCUACCAGUGAUGUUGCGUUCAACAUGGAGCUGGAUGGCGAGAUGUUUCAGGGUAAGCUGGCAGAGGGUGGCAGCCGCCUGGUCUUCAGUGAUGGAGAUGUCGGCCGCCUAGCCUUGCCGGUGCUUAAGGAGGAUUCCGCCACGGAAUCAAUUGAAGAGAGGGGGGCGGCCUUGCCUGGAUCAUGGUCUGGUGCCGUGCCGAGCCUGCAGCGACUCUGCCUAGUUCCGCUUCAACCGGAACAAAAGCGACAGAGUCUGUGCCUCGGUCUGUCUGCAAAGGAGCUGGAGAAUGGACUUCAGCCUUCGAAUGCCUUGGACUCCCAAUUUCAAGCAGUGAUGGCGGCUUCGUACUGUUCGAACGCGAAGGACAACAUAGGCAAUGUCACAAACGAGCUCGGACAGAGGUACUUGAUGCGGUCGCCGACAUACUGCGGGAGGUUCUGCAAUGCCCCUGUUGACCAGACCGCCAAGAGCGACCUGACACCUGCAGGCUGUGACAAGACUCGAUGCGGAAGUGGUGAAGCGCUGCUUGGACCAAGUGCGGGGCCCACAAGAGGGAGAGAGGAGUUGAAUUCUCAUUCAGUCGAGGCGGAGUGCCGUGAAACGAUUGUCCAAGAUGUGGUCGCCCAUUUGCCUUCUGCCGAUGCUUUACCAAGCCUCUUCCAGACGUCGGAUGGUGACACUUCGGCUGGCCAGGAUCGCACACAGAUUGUCAAAGUCCUCCUGGAGGCAAGGGCAGACCUGAACCAGGAAGUACGCUUGGCCCAGCCCUUCUCUGCAAGCUCCGCAAGCCGUGAUUGGCUUGCAGAAGGCCCUGUCUCUGUGCAUGAAGAGCCGCGCUCGAUGCCAACAGAACUAGACAAGCACACCGAAGCUCCCCCUGACAGCUUGCCAGCGUUGGACGCGGUCGGAGACUGCAAGGGCAUGAGCAACCAUGUGGACCUCGGCGUGGUGGAGGACACGUUGCGCUGCGAUACAGGUGGCGGCAUCGUGGGGCUGCUUCAAGAAGAGUGUCGAGCCUACGGGCUGCAUGUCGAUGGCUCUUCAGAGAGUGAGCUGGUGGCUUCACUUGCUGGGCUGCUGUCAGAAAGGCCACCCCAAGCUGCAGACGCGGCGGGCUCUCAGUCGGGCAGCCGACCACUGCAGGGGGUACGCAUUGUGGAGGCCUGCAGCCUUCCGGCGGGUCCCUUCUCUGCAGCAGCGCUGGCAGCUUUGGGGGCCCAGGUUUUGAAGCUUGAGCUGGACCCUACACCAGCGAUGAAGCUUAGUGAGGAGGAGCUUCGCCAGCAUUGCAAUCGGCACGGCGCCAGCACCUCCGAGUGGUGGUGUUCUUUGCCUCAACCAUUGGCCUUGAACUUGGAGUUGCCUUUGGCCAGGCAGGUGCUGGAACAGAUCGUCGCGGAAUGCAACUGCUUCAUCCACAGCUUCAGGGUCAUUUCGGCCGAGCGGCUGGGCCUCGGAAAGGCCAGGCUUGAGGAGAGCCCACACCUCAUGAUUGUCAGCCUGUCAGGCCUCCAAAGCCUUUGCAGUGCGGAACGGGCGUCCUUGUUCGCUUUCCAGGGCUUCGUGCAGAAAGAGGAUGGCCACUCUACGUCACCCCAGUGUAUCUCCCCUCUGGUCGCUGCCAGCACAAUCUCGCAAGGCGUUAGCAACAUCCGGUCCGGCAAAAGUUCGGGACGGUAUGCCGCACGGACAUGCAAUUCGCUGAGAUGCAUAGGCUGUAUGCCAGCUCAAAGAAUCCCUGUAAGCUACUAA